GUGGGGAGGCUGAGGCGCUUGGCCACCCGUGCCCCAGAGCCGGCGGUGUGGCGGCGAGCGGCGGACCGAGACCGGGCAGUCCCGGGGCCCUCACCCCUGACCGCCGCCCCCGGCAUAGAUUGUCUUUAAAUGUUUGAAGAAGGAACUGAGCCCAGGACAGUGGAAGUUGCCCUGAGAGACUUCUCAGUGUAAUCCAGAAUGAUUGAGGAGAGUGGGAAGAGGAGGAGGACAAUGGCAGAGAAGAGACAGCUGUUCAUGGAAAUGAGAGCACAGAAUUUUGAUGUCAUCAGACUUUCAACGUAUCGAACAGCCUGUAAACUGCGGUUUGUACAAAAAAGAUGUAAUCUUCAUCUUGUUGAUAUCUGGAAUAUGAUUGAAGCCUUCCGAGAUAAUGGCCUUAACACUUUGGAUCAUAACACAGAGAUCAACGUGUCUCGACUAGAAACAAUAAUUUCGUCCAUCUACUACCAGCUAAACAAACGCCUUCCUUCUACUCACCAAAUCAGUGUAGAGCAAUCCAUCAGCCUCCUCCUCAACUUCAUGAUAGCAGCAUAUGACAGUGAGGGCCAUGGGAAGCUGACAGUAUUUUCAGUGAAAGCAAUGUUAGCAACCAUGUGUGGUGGUAAAAUACUGGACAAACUCAGAUAUAUUUUCUCUCAGAUAUCAGAUUCAAAUGGACUAAUGAUAUUUACAAAGUUUGAUCAGUUUUUGAAAGAAGUUCUAAAGCUUCCAACUGCUGUCUUUGAGGGGCCUUCUUUUGGAUACACAGAGCAUUCUGUUCGGACCUGUUUCCCACAACAAAAAAAGAUCAUGAUAAACAUGUUUCUAGACACAUUGAUGGCUGAUCCACCUCCUCAGUGCCUUGUGUGGCUGCCUCUCAUGCACAGACUUGCCCAUGUGGAAAAUGUCUUCCAUCCUGUGGAAUGUUCAUACUGCCGGUGUGAGAGCAUGAUGGGCUUCCGGUACCGAUGCCAGCAGUGCCACAACUACCAGCUCUGUCAAAACUGUUUUUGGCGCGGCCAUGCAAAUGGUCCUCAUAGCAACCAGCAUCAGAUGAAGGAGCAUUCAUCUUGGAAAUCACCUGCAAAGAAGCUGAGCCAUGCAAUUAGUAAAUCACUCGGUUGCGUACCAAGUAGAGAACCACCUCGUCCUGUAUUUCCUGAGCAGCCAGAAAAGCCACUUGAUCUUGCACAUAUAGUUCCUCCUCGGCCUCUGACUAACAUGAAUGACACCAUGGUGACCCACAUGUCCUCUGGAGCACCUACACCAACAAAAAGGUUACAGUGCAACCUGGAUGCUGCCAGCCGGUUAGCGGACGAGCAUGCACUGAUAGCCACCUAUGUGACCCGGCUGCAGAGCAGUGCACGUGUCCUGGACAGCCCCGGCAGGUUGGAUGAGGAGCACAGGCUGAUUGCCAGAUACGCCGCUCGGCUGGCUGCUGAAGCUGGAAAUGCACCUCGCCCUCCGGCAGACCUGGGUUUCAGCUUUGAUGCAAAUAAGCAACAAAGACAGCUAAUAGCAGAGCUGGAAAACAAAAACAGAGAGAUACUCCAAGAAAUUCAGCGUCUCAGGCUGGAACAUGAACAAGCCUCUCAACCCACCCCUGAAAAAGCUCAGCAGAAUCCAACAUUAUUGGCUGAACUCAGGCUUCUACGACAAAGAAAGGAUGAACUGGAACAGAGAAUGUCUGCUCUUCAAGAAAGCAGAAGAGAACUGAUGGUGCAGCUUGAAGGGCUGAUGAAACUGCUCAAAGAAGAAGAGCAAAAGCAGGCAGCGCAAGCAGCAGGCUCGGCACAGUCCUCACCCACCCAUGGAGCCAGCCGCCCCAUGCCCAUGCCCGUCAGAUCCACCUCCGCCGGCUCUACCCCUACUCACGUCCCGCAGGACUCUCUCACUGGAGUCGGGGGAGAUGUGCAGGAAGCUUUCACACAAGGUACGAGGAGGAACCUCCGCAAUGACCUGCUGGUAGCAGCCGAUUCCAUCACCAACACCAUGUCAUCUCUGGUGAAGGAACUUCAUUCAGCAGAGGAAGAAGAUGAAGAAGAAAGAGAAAAAAUGCAGAAUGGAAAGGACCGAGGUUAGGUGGAUGACCACAGGAUGUACAGUAAUUCAGGCAUGGAGGGUCACGCUUACAGUCGAGAGAUGUCUCCCCAACCUUUGGAAGUGGCACAUUUCAGCUGAUACAUUUACCAUCGUGCAACUGUGACCGAUCUCAACCACCUGCUGACGAAAGCGGCUUUCUCCAAACCACCCAGAGGGCUUUCCCCGUGGGCACUUGCCUCUUAGGUCAUUGCAUGUACUGUUUUCCUCCAUGUGUUUACUAACAAUAAUCAAAUUCAGCAAUUUAUGGGAGGUUAAAAAAACAAGACAAAAGGAAAGCCAAUACUCCCUGGUCCUAAGUGUGCUGACCUUCUUUGAUUUCCUCCAAAAUGGUGUCAUCAUCGCGUCACACGACGGUUAUUUCCUCUAUCCCCCAGUGUGCAUGAAAUGAUGGGUGUAGAGCCUUGUGGGGUGCCUUCCGUGUGACAUGGAGGGGGGUGUGCCUUCCAAAAACCACCUUCUGAAAGUAUCACACUGUCUGUGGAUGUCUGGUUGCUAUCAUGGGUGAUGCCACAUGUCAUCCCGGGAGGAAAUGGCAGAGCACACCACGGGUGAAGGGAGACACUGUCUGCCUCCCAGCAUUCCUGGCUCUGCUGCUCUUCAGACUGUUACAAAAAUUUCCCUUUACCGGCAGGGAAUUCAGGGACAGCCAUUGCUAGGCUUAGAUUAGCAUCUCCACAUUUGUUUUCAGGAGUCCAGUUCAGUUUUGUUUAAAUUAAGAGAAACAACCAGGUUGUGAAGUCUGAGGCUGACAGCUCACUGCUCACUGAUGCUUGCUGGGCUUUUCUUCCAUAGCUGCUUAGAAAACAUCAUGAUCGGUUCCAAUCAGUGGUGAUGUUGGGUUUUUUUUGGUGCUUAGGAAUGUUAUUUUUAGUGGAAGGAGCUGAGUGCCCUAAUGCAUCUAUAAAUAUUUAUCAGGGGUGAUGAAUGGAAAGGAGUGAUAAACCCUGAAACCAGCCCUCAGCUUUUCUUCCCAUCUGAACUGAUAUGUGGCCUCGGCUCUUGGGGGAAAGUGCUCGUUGGGUACCUACAGCCCUUGGGGAGAAAGAAAAUAAACAUUUGUGGUGGCCACAGAUUUGGUUGAAUAUAAAUAUUGUGAAUGAGCUGUCAAGAAAGAGAGGAAAGUGAUGAUAACCUGGUGCAGCGUGUUAGGUUCAACCUGCCAAAGAGAGCGUGCUCGUGGGGACAGGGAAGGUUUCAUGUGUGUUCUCAGAUGAAUUUGUUAAACAAGGACCUGCAGCAGCUUUGGUUGGAGCAUGGAAAAUAGGAAUGUUUUGCUAAUGGCUGCACUCAGGAUGCUGCUGGGGUGGUGAAGGUGUUGGCAGCUGGAGGGGUUAUGGCUGUACAGGCGUAGGGGCCUUCCUCUUGCUGACCAGAAGUGCAAGGGCCCAGUGGCAUCUCCUGGCACCUCACAUGAACAAGAACCUGGGGGCUCCUAGCCAAGCCCCACUGGGUCCAGUAUCAGAACCACGGGUGUCAUCCAGGGAUGGGUCAUCUGCACUGGCAGCAGUGCCAGUGGUGGGGGGCUGCACCAUGGGACAGCCUGGGCUGGUGAUGGGAGAGCCAUGUGGGAUGGUGGGGUGAAGUCACCACCUCCUUAGAAGUGCCAUGGCCCAAACUGUGGCACAGAAAGGGAAGGCAGGGAUGAAUACACAUCUCUUUCCACCAUCAGGGAAGCCUGGAUCACAGGGGAGCAUCAUAUUUGCUGCUUUUAUUUUGUUAUUUUGCACUCUGCGACUUCCCCUUCUCGCUUUUGCUACCCUGACUGCUCAGACGCAGAUCCUCCUGCCGCAGCCACAGCCUCAGACACAAGCAUCUCUCUGAGCCUGUGGUCCAGCUGCAGGUGGAGGAGAUGCAAGGCUGGGCACUCAGAGGGGGAAGACCCCCCCCACACCAGGGAUCUUGCAGCCAGCCCUGCCACCCUACAGGGCUCAUGGGGGAACAUGGGUGGGAGGCAGCCAUCGCUUCAUGGGCUGAUGCAAGCUCAGGUACGGCAGGGAGGAUGCUUGUGCCUCUCCUUCCCCCCAGUCACAGGAACAGUGACAGCCAGUGGAGCUGGGGCUUGUUCAGAAAACCUGGCAGAAUUGAGGGGGUUUUGUACAGAUGCAGCCAGGAUGUUGUCUGUGUAUGUUAAAUGUGUCCCUUCAUGCCGUGGCUCUGCAUUACCUCACCCACGGUACCAUUUGUUUUAGUCAGCAAAGUGUUUUAGCAGAUGCUUUAUAUUAUUGGUUGGCUGGGGCUGCAGGUUGGUGCUGGUGGCUGCAUCACUGGCUGCUGCUGUGAGAGGACAGCCUUUGCCCAGCCACCACUGGAGCAGGAGGAACCUGUGUCCCCCCUGAUCUAAACAGUCUUGGAAAGGCUGCAGUCCUGCACUCAUUGUGCACCCUGCAGCCAGCAACAGCAGCCCAGCAGUGAGACUAGCUGGGUCUGUGCUUCACAUCGCCAAGGCCUGAGCUUAAUUACACUUGACCUCAUCAGCCUGCUUCUGAUGGCUUCCCUCUGCAGACACUUGGAGGUGAUGGGGCCGAUGCCGCAAAGUCACUCCUGCCUUGCCCUGCAGUGUGUGGUGAUGCCAAGCAAAGCAUGGUAGCUGGCUUGGCCAGUGCCCUGGGCAGGCUGUCGUGACAUGUUACCCAAGUGUGUCAUAGUUAGGGUUGGAAAGGACUUAAGAUCAUCUAGUUCCAACCCCCCUGCCAUGGGCAGGGACACCUCACACUAAAC